AUGGCUCAUAAAGCUAACCCUAGAGAUCUCUAUCCCUAUGGCUUAACCUCCCUUGGAGCUGCAGUAGAGCCCAAGCCACAGAGUGUAGAAACACUCUACAUCUGUUCAUUUUGCAACAAGACUUUCAAAAGUCCUCAAGCUCGUGGCGGGCACCAGAACGCACAUAAGAAGGAAAUUGCUGUGCUUAGGAGGAAUUUGGAAGAGGAGAUGUCAAAUAAACGUGCAAAGCAAGCUCAUAAUGUCUUUGUUGCAUCUCAUGAGAUCAAGCAACUUCCACUUGGUAGUGAUUCUUUUGACGUUAUCACAAGCCUCAAUGUGGACUCCGAAUCAUGA